AUGAGAUUCCUUUGCCUCCACGGCAUGGGCACCAACUCGGACGUCUACGAGGCCCAGCUCGCGCCCAUCAUCGCCCAGCUCGACCCGGGCCACGAGUUCGUCUUCGUCGACGGCCUCGUCGACUGCGAGCCCGCCGACAAGGUCGACGCCAUCUUCCCGGGCCCCUUCUCCUGCUACUACGACAAGCCCGUGCUCUCGCAGCUGCAGGACGUCUACGACGUCAUCUACGAGGUCCUCCGCGAAGAGGGGCCCUUUGACGGCGUCUUCGGCUUCUCCCAGGGCGGCGCCCUCGCCGCCUCCCUCAUCCUGCACCACCAGGCGACGAACCCCUACGGCCCAGACCUCUUCAAGCUCGCCGUCUUCACCUGCGCCAGCCUGCCCUUUGACCCGGAGUCGCACCUGCGCGCCGACAAGUACCACGCCACCGUCUGCCCCGAGACGGGCGCCGUCCGCGUUCGCGACUGGGCGGCCGACGAGCGCGUCGAGGCACUCCAGAUCAACGGGUUCCUCAGAGACGCCGAGCCCGGAGACGUCGUCCUCCGGCGCUUCCAUCCGGCGCGGGAGACGGCGAGGAUCGCGGUGCCCACGGUGCACAUCAUGGGCGCGCGGGACCCCUUCUGCCCGCAGAGCCGGCUGCUGGCCGAGCUCUGCGCCGGGCCCGCGGAGAUCGUGGCGCACCAGCAGGGACACCAGCUCCCGCGCGACUGGGGUUUCGCGAGAAAGGCGGCCUCGUCCAUCGAGAACUGUAUCCAUAGGGCGCUAUCAAGGUGUUAG